CAGAUACCUCGUCAAUACCUUGCAGAGGUAAUGGAGGCGAUGACGCGAACUCUGCUGUAAUUAAAACACAAAGAAAUAGAUAUUCUUGGCUGUACAACACUCUUGCAGUAUCAUUCAAUGCCUAACAUUUCAGAAGAUGAAAAGGAGAAUGGUUCUGGAAAUAAUGGAAACAAUGAAAAUAAACCUGGGAAGGAAUCCCCAGAAGCUUCUCUUCAUGAUCCUAUGAAGCCCUACUGUGUGUCAGGCUCCUCCACUGCGUCCUUAGUGUCUAGGGGAGAUGGGCAUUACCCGUGGGGAUGUCCUGUGACUCAUACACGAGAGAAAUUUUAUACCAUCUGCUCAGACUAUGCUUUUUUAAACAGAGUAACAUCUAUUUGUAAAAGCCCAAGUGCUUCAGUUAGUGCCUGCCUGUCGGGCAGUGCUGCCUUAAACAUUGGAAAUAACACACCUGGCUUGCUCGGAAUUCAAACUGGUGCUUCAGAGAUAAUCUACAGUGAAGAUGCUAACCUGGAAAGCUUGCCUGGUGAUCUUGGAAAGCUUCCACUGGCAUGGGAAAUCGACAAAUCAGAGUUCAAUGGCGUGACCACAAAUCUGAAGAACAAAGCAGGCAACAUGAAGAAACAAGUGACAAAGAAAAAAUCUGUAGACAAAAAAAGCAAACAGUACAGGGAGUGUCCUCAGCGUUCUGCUCUUGAAGAUGUGAAGGAGAGGAAAGUGUUGGACCUCCGGAGAUGGUAUUGUGUCAGCCGACCUCAGUACAAGACUUCCUGUGGAAUUUCAUCCUUAGUGUCUUGCUGGAAUUUCUUAUAUAGUACACUGGGAGCUGGAAGUUUACCACCUAUUACUCAAGAAGAAGCUUUGCAUAUAUUGGGCUUUCAGCCCCCAUUUGAGGAGAUUAGGUUUGGUCCCUUCACUGGAAAUACAACUUUAAUGAGAUGGUUUAGGCAAAUAAAUGAUCACUUCCGUAUCAAGGGAUGCUCGUACGUUCUGUAUAAACCUCAUGGGAAGAACAAGACAGCUGGAGAAACUGCUGCAGGGGCCCUUGCAAAGCUAACCCGUGGACUGAAAGAUGAAUCAAUGGCCUACAUCUACCAUUGCCAAAACCAUUAUUUUUGCCCAAUUGGAUUUGAAGCAACCCCAGUAAAAGCUAGUAAAGCCUAUCGGUUGCUGGAUUUGGACUCGGGAGACCUGGGUUCAGUUCCCAGUUCAACCACAGACUUCCAGUGUGACUUUAGAGGUCGUGUCUUGCAGCAAGAAGUAGAAUAUUGGAUCUUAAUUGGAGAGCCAAGCAGAAAACAUCCGACAAUACACUGUAAAAG